ACUCAGUAAGCUUUCUGUGAUCGUUUUUGCAACACGUACCUACAAUAAGUUUCUUUCAGAUCAAUUCAAAAUGAGUUUGAACGGAAAAGUAGCCAUCAUAACCGGAGCAAGUUCUGGAAUCGGCGCUGAAACUUGUAAACACUUUGCCAAAGCUGGAGCUCAUGUUGUAGCAGUUGGUAGAAAUUUAGAAAACCUCAAACUUACAGCAGAAACAUGUGCAAAAACUAAUUCAUCUGUUAAAUGUUUAUUAGUUCAAGCUGAUAUUACCAAAGACACACAAAAAAUUGUCAACGAAACUCUAGCUGAAUUUGGUAAAAUCGAUGUAUUGGUUAAUAAUGCUGGAAUUAUGGCAAAUGGAUCAAUUCUUGAAGCUGAUCUUCAACAACUCGAUUCAGUUUUAGAUACAAAUCUUCGUUCAGUUUUUCAAUUAACUAAACUUGUUUUACCACAUUUGAUUAAGACGAAAGGAAAUGUUGUCAAUGUUUCAAGUGUUGCUGGUAUGCGAUCGUUUCCAAAUAUUUUAAGCUAUUGCAUAUCAAAGGCAGCUUUGGAUCAAUUUACAAAAUGUGUUGCUUUGGAAAUGGCACCACAUAAUGUUCGAGUGAAUUCUGUUAACCCGGCAAUGAUUGUUUCGGAUAUUUAUAAACGAAUUGGAGUCAAUGAUGAAGACUAUGCGAAAAUUUUAGAACGUUCAGCAACAACACAUGCAAUGGGAAGGGUUGGAGAAGUUCAUGAAGUUGCUCCAGCUAUUGUAUUUUUAGCCAGUGAUUCAGCGAGUUUUAUAACCGGGGCACUAUUUCCAAUCGAUGGUGGAAAGAGUUCCAUGUGUCCAAGAUAGUUUGGUGUAAUUAAAAAUUCUUAAUAAAAAAUGUUGAAUGAUAUUAA